GUUACGGGACUGCUCUCAGCUGGUACGGACCAUAAGGAUGCUUGGGUACGGGACAACAUCUACAGCAUCCUGGCCGUGUGGGGGCUGGGGAUGGCUUAUCGGAAGAAUGCGGACCGGGACGAGGACAAGGCCAAAGCCUACGAGCUCGAGCAGAAUGUUGUGAAGCUGAUGCGGGGACUCUUACAGUGCAUGAUGAGACAGGUAGAUAAGGUAGAGAAGUUCAAAUGCACGCAGAGUACCAAAGACUGCCUACAUGCCAAGUAUAACUCUGCUACUUGUGCCACGGUGGUUGGGGACGACCAGUGGGGGCAUCUGCAAGUGGAUGCAACUUCUCUUUACCUGCUCUUCUUGGCACAGAUGACUGCAUCAGGGUUACGUAUUAUCUUCACCCUCGAUGAAGUUACCUUUAUUCAGAAUCUUGUUUUUUACAUAGAAGCUGCCUAUAAAGUUGCUGAUUAUGGAAUUUGGGAACGUGGUGAUAAGACAAACCAGGGCAUCCCUGAACUGAAUGCGAGCUCCGUAGGGAUGGCCAAAGCUGCUUUGGAAGCAAUUGAUGAACUAGAUCUUUUUGGCGCUCAUGGAGGACACAAAUCAGUGAUUCAUGUUCUUCCUGACGAAGUAGAACAUUGUCAGUCUAUUCUAUACUCCAUGUUGCCGAGGGCUUCCACAUCAAAGGAGAUAGAUGCUGGCCUUCUCUCUAUUAUUUCUUACCCGGCUUUUGCAGUGGAGGAUCUAAACCUUGUUAAUGUGACCAAGAGUGAAAUCAUAUCCAAAUUGCAGGGCCGCUAUGGUUGCUGUCGCUUUCUCCGAGAUGGUUACAAGACACCCAGAGAGGAUCCAAGCAGGCUGCACUAUGAUCCUGCUGAGCUCAAGCUCUUUGAGAAUAUUGAAUGUGAGUGGCCGGUAUUCUGGACAUACUUCCUAAUUGAUGGAGUAUUUAAUGAGGACAAAAUUCAGGUACAAGAGUAUAGAGAGGCUCUGGAAGGAAUACUUAUUAGAGAGAAGAACGGAAUAGUGCUAAUGCUUGAACUGUACGCAGUCCCUCCAGAAAAGGUGGACGAGGAGUAUGAAAAUCCUCACUCAGUGGAUCGUAUCCCAGUGGGAAAAUUGCCUCAUCUUUGGGGACAAUCAUUGUAUGUCCUUAGCUGCCUAUUAGCAGAGGGAUUUCUUGCUGCAGGUGAAAUUGAUCCCUUAAACAGGAGAUUUUCCACUGGAUUUAAACCUGAUGUUGUGGUACAAGUAACUGUUUUGGCAGAAUCUAAUCAAAUUAAGAAUCUCUUGCAAGACCAUGGAAUCAAUGUUCAGAGCAUUGCUGAUAUCCAUCCACUCCGAGUGCAGCCAGCUCGCAUCCUGAGUAAUCUCUACACCAUGCUGGGCCGGAACAAGAACAUGAAAUUAAGUGGACGGCCACACCGACACAUUGGAGUGUUAGGCACCUCCAAGCUGUACAUGAUAAGAAAUCAAAUAUUUGCUUUUACCCCUCAGUUUACUGACCAGCAUCACUUCUAUCUGGCUCUAGACAAUCAGAUGAUUGUGGAGAUGCUCAAGACAGAGCUGGCUUACCUCACUUCUUGUUGGAGGAUGACAGGGAGACCAACCCUGACGUUUCCCAUCACCCACACGAUGCUUGUUGAUGAUGGUACUGACAUUCAUCCAGCAGUUCUUGCCACCAUAAGAAAAUUAGAGGAUGGUUAUUUUGGAGGUGCAAGGGUGAAGAUAGGCAAGCUAUCAGAAUUUCUUACCACCUCUUUUCAUACGUAUCUGAGCUUCCUGGAUCCAGACUGUGACAUAAAACUGUUUGAUGACCCUAUUGAAGGCUGUAAUAGUCCUGACAGUGAAUAUGGAGGCUAUCCAGCAGAUUUCUGUGAAAAAGAAAGCCAGGAUGAGCUGGAUCAAUAUAUAAAUGAUGUCCUUCAGAGCACAGCACUGAAGUCAUACCUGCCUCCAACUUCAAAGACUGCGAAUCAACCACCUGUGUUCAGUGCAAACCAUUCCACAAAAGAAAUACUGUCAAUAAUGGCCAAGACAAAGGGCUUGGAGGUUCCAGAUGUGUCUAUGUCUCUUCCCACUAAAGUUCUGAACACGCACCGGAAGUCUCUGAAUCUUGUUGAUAAUCCCCAUUUCUUUGAGACAAAGGAAUGUGAAAAUGUUUUGCACUUACCUGAAGAUGCUCAUGGUGGUUUGGAUUGCAGGAAGCUUGUUGAGCAGCUGAAGGAAUGUCCAACGCUCCAUGAUCAAGCAGAUAUCUUAUACAUCUUGCAUAUACUAAAAGGCGCUGACUGGGACACAGAGCUGGAUGGACAGUACGGCGUUACUGUUCAUUGCCUACUCAAUGAGCUCUACAGAAAGGCAGGCCUCAAUCAAGAAUGGGGCUUGAUCCGUUAUAUUUCUGGUAUACUUAAAAAGAGAGUGGAAGUCCUGGCUGAGGCAUGCACAGACCUUCUGUCACACCACAAGCAACUUACAGUGGGCCUGCCACCAGAACCCCGUGAGAAAAUCAUUACUGCCCCACUGCCACCUGAGGAGCUCACAGAUCUUAUUUAUGAAGCCAGCGGCCAAGACAUCAGUAUUGCAGUCCUGACACAGGAAAUAAUUAUGUACUUGGCGAUGUUCGUCCGGUCACAGCCUAGUCUUUUUAUGGAGAUGCUCAGGCUCCGCAUUGGUCUGAUAAUUCAGGUUAUGGCCACUGAGCUGGCUCGGAGUCUGAAAUGCUCAGGUGAAGAAGCUUCAGAGAGUUUGAUGAAUCUAAGUCCCUUUGAUAUGAAAAAUCUCCUACACCAUAUUCUCAGUGGAAAAGAGUUUGGUGUGGAAAGAAGCUUGCGACCUGUAGAUUCCUCUUCAUCUAGCCCUGCAAUUUCUAUUCAUGAAAUGGGACAUUCUGGAGCAACCAAAACAGAAAGAAGUGGUAUUACUAAAUUGAAGAGUGAGAUGAAGCAGUUUUUUCGUGAGGGCCACUCCAUGCCCAGCAUCAUGUUCGCUUCCAUGAGGGGCAGUACUCCAUCGUCUCCCACUAGUACUUCUCCUAGUGGCUCCAAUGGAGACACGAGCUGGGGUCACCGAAAAGGGCAGUGGCUGCGCAGAAGGAGGCUUGAUGGUGCUAUUAACAGAGUUCCUGUUGGCUUUUAUGAGAAAGUGUGGAAAAUCCUUCAGAAGUGCCAUGGUCUGUCCAUUGAUGGGUAUGUCCUUCCUUCUUCAACCACCAGAGAGAUGACCCCGUGCGAAAUUAAGUUUGCUGUGCACGUGGAGUCGGUGCUGAACCACGUACCCCAGCCUGAGUACAGGCAGCUCUUGGUGGAAGCUAUUCUUGUUCUCACGUUCCUCUCUGACAUCGAGGUGAACAGCAUCGGGGGCAUCAUCCACGUGGAUCAAAUCGUGCACUUGGCCAAUGACCUUUUUCUGCAGGAGUUGAAAUCGUUUGGAGCUACUGGUAGUAUCUUGGAGAAGGACGUAGCCACAGGAAUUUGCCACUUUUUUUACGACAGUGCUCCAAGUGGGGCCUAUGGCACCAUGACGUACCUAACAAAAGCCAUAAUUAUUUAUUUACAUGAUUUCCUGCCUAGCACAGGCUGUGCGAUGCAGUAA